AUGGGUCGGAAGAAAAAGGAGGCACCGAAGCCGGCGGUGGUGGCCGUUUCUACGGAUUUUCUUCAGACGAAACCAGAUCUCCCUUCAAUUCAAGAACAUGUUGUACUGGAGAAUAAUGUUGAGGAAUACCAUGACCCGUGUGAAGUUUUGGAAGCUGAUUCAUAUGCUGAGCAAUUUUUGCCAGAGGAUACAGAGGGCAUACCUGGUCCGUCCAAAGCAGCUAGUUGGGCCGAGGAGGUGGAGAAAACUGAUUAUCAGAACUCAGCCAAAGAUGUGUGGAGCAAAUUCAAAGCCAAUCAGGUGAAAACUACGUCUACUAGCUUGGAUUUCAUAGAGCCUAUGAAGGUUGGGGAUCAAAUAAUAGCUAAACUAGACAUGGAUGAAAUUGAGGUUGAAGCUUCUUUUUGGCGCUCAUCGAUUGUUUGUGUAGUUUUGGGUGCUAAUCCCCCUUUUCGAGUUUUUGAAGGAUUUGUGAAAAGAGUCUGGGGUAACCUUGGUAUUGAUCGGAUAGUCCGUAUGAAUUCUGGAUUUACCUUGGUUAGCUUUCGAGAUAUUGCUACUAGGGAUCUAGUCUUGGAAACUGGUGUGAUUCACUUCGACAAAAAACCGAUUGUUCUUCGGCCCUGGACAUCUAAUAUGGACACAAUGCAGAUGGUGAAAUCGGUUCUGGUUUGGGUUCGAUUAAACGGCUUGGGGCUUCAAUAUUGGGGUCGUAAUAGUUUAAGUGCUCUAGUUAGCACUAUAGGCAAACCCAUUAUGAUCGAUCAAGUUACUCGUGAUAGAUCGAUGGUCAAAUUUGUGAGAGUCCUUGUUGACAUGGAAAUCUCUGAGACCCCCCCUAAAACUAUCUCGUUUGUUAAUGAAAGAGAUCAGCUAGUUGACCAAUUGGUGGAGUACGAAUGGCUUCCUUCUAAAUGCAAAGCUUGUGACUGUUUGGGUCACACUGUGGUGAAUUGUUCGAAAGAUAAAGGGUACAUUUGGGUUAAGAAGUCCAAUCCAGAUACUAAGAAACCAGAGAUGGUUGCUGAAAAGAAUAUGGUUGAACCAUCUAUUGAUAAUAAGCAGGCUACUACUUCUCAGGAUGUCUUAAGUGAAGCAGCUGCUGUUAUUGGAAUUCCUGCUACUUCUCAGGAUGCCUCUCAUUCAUGCGAAACAGCUGCUAUUACUGUAAACAAGUCAGCUAAUUCUAAUGUAGGUACAGCAGCAAAGCAAGUUACUGUCAGUAAAACAGGGGUGGCAAAGGAUAUAGGAACGGGGGGCGAGUGGAUAACGCCAAGAAGGAGAGGUACCAAGACUAAUACUGUCCUGCCUUCUAAAGCAAUAACUAGAAAUGGCUAUGCAGCGCUUCAAGAGCCAGGGGAUGGGAAUUUGGCGACCACUUCUAACUCUAGUCAAUAUGGAGAAGUGCAAUAUCCCUAG